AUGGGGGGGGGGGAGAUCUCCAUUAGCUGUGUGGUGAAAUACCUAGGUGUGCUGCUGGACAAUGCUAGGGGGUUCUCCCCCCACCUUGAAGCUGUUUGUGACAAAGCGGAACGGUUCCUGGGAGCCAUACGGAGUCUACUGCACAAUGUGAAUGGGCCGACGGAUGCUGUUAGAAGAUUGUACUACGGCAUCUGGGAGUCUGUGGUUUUGUAUGGCGCACCGAUAUGGGCCUCCUCCUUAGGAAGAGAGAAGAACAGGAAGAUCGUGAAAGGGGCACAAAGAGCGGCGUUGAUCAGCACAUCCACUGCCUACUGCACGGUGUCGCACGGAGCUUUGUGCGUGGCCACGGGCAACAUGCCGAUUCAUGUUAAGGUGGAGUUAAGUGACUGCGGUGGAAGCAGUAUGGCGUGA